AGAUCAGUAGUGUUGAAUGCAGUUUAGUGAGUGCAAGGGAUGGCAGUUGGUGGGAACUAUUUAAACUGGGUGCAAGUGUGAAGAGGUGAGUGCAGUGUGCAGCUACUUAUAAAGCACAUGGAUUAAAAUUGGGACCUCGGCGUGGGUGCGUAGGGAGGGCACGCUGACUUAAAAGUGACAGCAGUUUUCAAGCUGUCCUAGGAUUGUUGUGCUUUUAAUACUUGGAACAACGUCUCUUGGUAAGGUCUGUUUGGUGUUACAGCACUUGAAGCCGGGAAAGAAAAUGGAGAGAAUAUCAGACCAUAAUUUGAAAUGGGAGAAGUCCUCUCUGGCUACUUUAAACAGCAACAGCAUAACCCUGGUGGCUGUUCGUAAGCAGCAGCCAGCUACCGAUGUGCCUGAACUACUGAUUGUCAGUGAAAAGUCCAAGCCAGGAUCUCCUGUAAAGGUGCACAGCAGUUUUCAGAAAGAAGAGAGAGUUUCACAGGGUUGCUCCAUGGGGGUAUCAGAAGUCAAGGCUGAGCAGGCUUUGCCUAAGACUAGUACCCCUGCAAGUUGUGUACGGAAGCCAACAAUGAAGCAGAAUUUUGCCUUUGACAACAUUGGCUAUGAAGGGAACUCUGAAAACCUGUCCUCUGGGUCAUCUCAAAUGGACAUCGUUACAGUCAACAUUCUGGGUAUGACGUGCCAAUCUUGUGUGCACUCUGUAGAGGGCAGAAUUUCCAAGGUGAAGGGCAUUGUGAGUAUUAAGGUCUCUCUUGAGCGCAGCAAUGCUGUGCUUAAAUACAUACGGUCAGAAAUAAGUCCCAUACAGAUUUGCCAGGAAAUUGAGGACAUGGGUUUUGAUGCCUGCAUAGCAGAAGGAAAAUCUAUCCCAUCAUCUUUAAGAUCAACAACGUCUAUAGCAGAAGCUGUAGUUAAGUUUCGGGUAGAAGGCAUGACCUGCCAGUCUUGUGUCAAUACCAUUGAAGGUACAGUUGGGAAACUACAUGGUGUGACAAGAAUAAAAGUCUCCCUGAGUAAUCAAGAAGCAGUCAUUCUUUAUCAGCCUUUCAUUGUUCAACCUGAAGACCUUAAGAAGCACAUAAAUAACCUGGGGUAUGAAAGCACUAUUAAGACCAAAUUAGCCCCACUAACGCUUGGUAGGAUUGAUUUAGAAGGCUUACAGAAGGUUGCAGCUGGCCUUAACAGUGGUUAUGUGGAUCCGUUGGUGGACAAGAUGAAUAAUACGGCAACUGUGACUCUAGGGAUAGAAGGCAUCCAUUGCACAUCUUGCAUCAAAAAUAUUGAAGGAAAUAUAUCAAAGUUUCCAGGCCUACAAUGUAUUAAAGUGUCACUGGAGCAUAAAAAUGCUGUUGUACAGUUUAACCCUAACUUAAUUACCUUAUCAUCUUUACAACAAUCCAUUGAAACCCUUCCGCCUGGUAACUUUAGAGUAUCCUUCCUUAAUGGAGCAGAAGCAAACAAUGGAGAGCUUUUAUCAAAGGCAGCAUCUUCAUCCCAUUGUUUUCUCAGCAAGUGCUUUGGAGAUCAACUGCCUAUCACAACUGUAAUUGGCAUUGGUGGAAUGAGCUGCAGUUCCUGUGUACAGUCUAUUGAAGGCACGAUAUCCCAAAGGAAAGGAGUACAACAAGUAUCAGUUUCUUUAGCUGAAAGGACGGGGACCAUACAGUAUGAUUCAACUGUAACUAGUUCUGAAGAGCUAAGAACUGCUAUAGAAGACAUGGGAUUUGAUGCUUCUAUUCUAACAGAGACCGCUACAAGAAACUGCAAUGAUCCAACUAUUUCUGAGCCUGCUGAAAUACAACAUAAAGCUCUGGAGUCAACUUGCCAAAGAGUGGGAAAUAUUCCUGAACCCUCUCAUCGAAGUUAUGUCUCAAAUACUCCACCAAAGAUCUCUUUCCUAGAGGCUCCAAAACGGCCCAGUAUACUGACAACUGAGAAGUGCUUUAUGCAGAUCGCGGGCAUGACUUGUGCAUCAUGUGUAUCAACCAUUGAAAGACAUCUACAAAAGGAAGAUGGUAUUGUUUCAGUGCUUGUAGCUUUGAUGGCAGGUAAAGCAGAGAUAAAAUACAAGCCAGAGAGCAUACAGCCUCUUGAAAUAGCACAGCUAAUCCAGAAUUUGGGCUUCGAUGCUACAGUCAUAGAAGAUCAGGCUGAUGAAGAAGGGAGAGUGGAGCUUGUUAUUACAGGGAUGACUUGUGCUUCCUGCGUCCACAACAUUGAAUCCAAACUAACUAAAACUAAUGGCAUUUUAUAUGCUUCAGUGGCACUUGCAACUUGCAAAGCUCAUGUCCAGUUUGAUCCUGAAAUUAUUGGACCUCGAGAUAUUAUAAAAAUUAUAGAGAACCUCGGCUUUCAGGCUUCCUUGGCCAAGAGGGAUCCAAAUGAUCAUAACUUGGAUCAUAAAAAGGAAAUAAGACAAUGGAGAAAGUCUUUUUUAUGGAGCCUAAUAUUUGGUAUACCUGUCUUAAUCUUAAUGAUAUAUAUGUUAAUACCGGCUGGCCAAGGAUCUGGGGUCCUGGAACAGAAUCUCAUUCCUGGAUUGUCUCUCUUAAAUCUUCUCUUCUUUGUCUUGUGCACUUUUGUUCAAUUCCUUGGUGGAUGGUAUUUCUAUGUGCAAGCCUACAAAUCACUGAAGCACAGAACAGCUAAUAUGGAUGUACUCAUAGUGCUGGCCACAACAAUUGCUUAUAUAUACUCUUGUGUGAUCUUAAUAGUAGCUAUGGCUGAAAAGGCAGAGCAAAGCCCCAUCACGUUUUUUGACACACCACCCAUGCUAUUUGUCUUCAUUGCUCUUGGGAGAUGGCUGGAACACAUAGCAAAGAGUAAAACAUCGGAAGCACUUGCUAAACUAAUAUCUCUUCAAGCUACAGAAGCUACUGUGGUGACUCUUGGACCCAACCACUCUGUCAUCAGGGAGGAGCAGGUGCCUGUUGAGUUGGUUCAGCGGGGUGACAUUGUAAAGGUUGUUCCUGGUGGAAAGUUCCCAGUUGAUGGAAAAGUUAUUGAAGGCACCUCUAUGGCAGAUGAAUCUCUUAUUACUGGGGAGGCCAUGCCCGUCACUAAAAAACCUGGCAGCACAGUGAUUGCAGGAUCUAUAAAUGCACAUGGCUCUGUUCUUGUUAAGGCAACUCAUGUUGGCCCUGACACUACCCUGGCACAAAUUGUAAAAUUGGUGGAAGAAGCUCAGAUGUCCAAGGCACCAAUUCAGCAACUGGCUGAUAAGUUUAGUGGCUAUUUUGUUCCAUUUAUCAUCAUAAUUUCAACAGUAACAUUGAUUGUGUGGAUUGCAAUGGGCUUUAUCAAUUUCGAAGUUGUUCAGAAAUUCUUCCCACAUCGGAGCAAAAACAUCUCUAAAGCUGAAAUAAUCAUCAGGUUUGCAUUCCAAACUUCUAUCACUGUGCUGUGCAUUGCGUGCCCCUGUUCCUUGGGCCUGGCCACUCCAACAGCAGUCAUGGUGGGCACAGGAGUGGCUGCUCAAAAUGGUAUUCUUAUCAAAGGUGGAAAACCUCUGGAGAUGGCCCACAAGAUAAAGACUGUGAUGUUUGAUAAAACGGGGACCAUCACCCAUGGAGUUCCUAAAGUCAUGAGAGUGCUUCUGCUAGGGGACACGGAUACCCUGUCUCUCAAGGUGGUUCUUGCAGUUGUGGGCACUGCAGAGGCCAACAGUGAACAUCCCUUGGGAAUGGCUAUAACUAAAUACUGCAAAGAGGAACUUGGUACAGAGAGCCUGGGGUAUUGCAUGGAUUUUCAGGCAGUACCAGGCUGUGGAAUCAGCUGUAAAGUCAGUGGUGUUGAAGCUGUCUUAGGCCAGAAGGAGCACAGUCUAAAUGAGCGGAAUGCUGACCUGCAUGGGGACGGCACUGUUUCCCUGAAACACAGUUCAUUGAUCAUGAUAUCCGAACCUGAUGGUGCAGCAGCCCCUCACACCUACUUAGUGGUGAUUGGAAAUCGUGAAUGGAUGAGACGUAACGGUUUGCAUAUUUCAAAUGAUGUUAAUGAUGCAAUGACAGGCCAUGAAAUGAAAGGACAGACAGCUGUAUUGGUGGCUAUGGACGGUGCAUUGUGUGGGAUGAUUGCAAUAGCAGAUACUGUCAAACAGGAAGCAGCACUGGCUGUGCACACCCUAAAAACCAUGGGAAUCGAUGUGGUUCUUAUAACAGGGGACAACAGAAAAACUGCUAAAGCCAUUGCUACACAGGUUGGCAUAAAAAAAGUGUUUGCUGAGGUUCUUCCUUCUCACAAAGUCGCAAAGGUCCAGGAACUCCAAAAUGAAGGGAAGAAGGUAGCCAUGGUUGGAGAUGGAGUCAAUGAUUCCCCUGCACUGGCCCAGGCUGACAUCGGUGUUGCUAUUGGAACAGGCACUGACGUUGCCAUUGAAGCAGCAGAUGUUGUUCUUAUUAGAAAUGAUUUACUGGACGUGGUUGCCAGCAUUCAUCUAUCAAAGAGAACUGUACGAAGAAUACGAAUAAAUCUGGUCCUUGCCUUAAUUUAUAAUCUGCUUGGGAUACCCAUAGCAGCAGGAGUGUUUAUGCCCAUUGGUAUCGUGCUUCAGCCAUGGAUGGGUUCCGCAGCCAUGGCAGCUUCAUCAGUGUCUGUGGUGCUAUCUUCCUUGCAACUAAAGUGUUACAAGAAACCAGAUGCAGAAAGUUAUGAAGCCCAAGCUCAGGGCUGUAUGAAGCCACUGACUCCUUCUCAAAUCAGUGUUCACAUUGGGAUGGAUGAUAGGAGACGGGAUUUGCCCAGAACCAGUGCCUGGGAUCAGAUUAGUCAAGUGUCCCUCUCUUCUCUGACUUCAGACAAGCUGUCUAGACACAGUGGCUCUAUAGAGGAAGAAGGGGACAAGUGGUCACUGCUCAUUAAUGACAGAGAUGAAGAACAAUACAUUUAACAUGCAUCUCCAAGAGCUAGAUAGUAAGGUGAGAUACAGUUCUUUGCCAGUGACAGCAAUGACUAAACCACCAAGAGUUUGAUAAUUACAAAUGGAUUCUUUUAUGUUUCAUCUUGCAAAGCAACUGGAGUUCAAUAAGUCAGCUUUGUAUUGUGUGAAUGUUGAUUUGUCAGGCUACAAAUCACUUUCAGUCACUAAAAUGUCUUGAGGCCCCGUAAUGAAUUAAGCCCUUAACUGCAUACAUUAUUCACUAUGCACAGUAUGAUAUUGGAACUUUCAAAGUCUAACAUAACUGCUACCUCCUGGGUUGUUUGUGGGGAACCAAAAUCCCAUUCUUCUCUAUCUCACUCAUGUGUCUUACAGUGAUUCCUGUAAGAAACAUAGACACUUUCCCCAUAUGCCAUAUUUCAUUACUAUGUCAAAGUGAAAACAAAUGUGCUUGACUUAGAGCCCUGUGUUUAGGGAUCUUGGAUCUUGUUCUUGGAUAAAAUAAAAAAAAUCAGAACAAGCUGUGCCAACACAGGGGAAAUUUUACAGUUUGGACUGUCCUUUUCCUUAGAGUCAAAAUAUGUAUUUAAAGAUUUUCCAGAGCAUAAAUAUUUUGAAAUUCUGUUUUAAAGGUUAUCAUUUAACUCCAUGCAUUGCUGAUUCUUUUGACAUUGAUCUCCAUUUACUAAAUUUCCUCUCAGUACCUAACUGCUCUACUUAGAUGUUCCACUUGAAUCCUGCAGCCCUUUUCUUCCAGCAGAGUUCCACUUCUCCACAUUUCUUACAUGUUCCAUUUUCCCCUGUGGGACCAGAUCUUACAAGCCAGUAGAGACCCCUCUGUCCUUCUGAAAUCUGUGAAGUCUGAGCUCCCUUCAGUUGUCUGCACUAGUAAAACACUUUAUCUGCAAGCACAGUGCAGAAUCCUUUGAUUCUCUGAAAAAUGUGGUGCUCAGCUAUUUGUCUGUGUGGCAGGGCGCUGUAAAUACACAAUUGUGAACCAUCCUAGCUGUUCAGCUAUUGACAUAUUCGUGCUGCUGCAUUCAGAGAGGCUUUCCAUCAUGAGUGCUUGUUCUGUGCUCUGAUUUGAGCACAGAAUGAUGCUCUUGCACCAAUGAGAGAAGUUAAUAAGUGUGGCUCUUUGGGAACUUUACAGAAGUGAUAGUGCAGUAGAAGUGGAGAUUCAAUGAGCACAGUGGAUCUGGAGACUGGCAAGCAAAAAGUAGUAGUUUAAAGUGCAUCUAUAAAUCCACUUAAUCCCUCUUAAUAUCUUGUGCCAGAGCUGAGUAGUUAAAAGAAACCCUUUGCCUGAAUAGUAAUCCUGUCCCAGGCAAAAGAAAAAGUUUCAUUCUUAUACGCAUCACACCAGGUUAAAUCUGUCAGUCUUACUUCAAAUUUCAGUUUAACAGUGGACCUAAUAACUAAAUAUGUCCACAAGGAGGAGACAGUAACUUGACUGGUAUAAUGGGCUAGGCCAGCUAUUCCUGGGAUUCCAAAAUGACGGGUGGGAAUCAUGGGGAAAAGGUAUUGAGCUUAAUUGUACUUUGUAUGUGUGGUUGACUGGUUGUUUGGGGUUUUUGAAUCGUGCAGGAUGACAAUGCAAUUUGUGGGUCAGUUACAUGAAAAAGCAGUAAAAAUGAAAAGAGUAAAGAAUAGGUACAGGGCACCCAUUCACUAUGGCAGCACAAGUAUUCAAUUAUUCUUCAAAGCUGUUCUUAACCAUUUAAUCACACGUUUAAAGUACUUCUUUGAAGGACAGAAGAGGGGA